GGCGGCUCUCUGAGUUUGCGAAGAGAAACUGAUGUGUAAAUAAACUCUUCUUGCACAAUUUGCACAACUUUACAAAAGCUUUAUUCUAGAAAUUAAUUAAUGAGCUAUCGUUCAUAAGACUAAUUAUGGCAAGCGAUGGCAACAAAAAGCAGUUUUGGAAGAGAAAUACAGCUAAGGUUCCUGGAAAUAUCCAGCAUGUUUAUGGAGCCCAGCAUCCACCAUUUGACCCUCUCCUACAUGCAAACUUGAUGAAAGCAGGAAACAGGCCUCCCUCUACCAGCACACCAGGAAAGCCAAAGAAAGCCACCACCUUCCAAGAGUUUGAGAGCAUCACGAGUGACGCCUGGGACGUUGCAGACGAUGACGAUGAACUUCUUGCAAUGGCAGCCCAGAACCUCAACAUUGAGGUCGUCAUGGAGACUGCCAAUAAAGUGAUAGAAAACCACAGCAAGCUGCAGGAGCAGAGACAGCAGCAGAUGGACAAGACCACUGAGCCUGAUGAGAAAGAUGGAGGGGAAGUGCAAGAGGAAGAGGAGGAAGAGCCAGAGGAAGUGGCAGAGAUGACAACAGAUCUGACGUUCACUUCAGAUGUUCUGCCGCACAGUGACCACAGACUGGUCAAGUCACACAGCGAGGCGCCUGUCGGCUCCCCUAAAGAGGUGGGAGGAGAGUAUGUAGCACUCCAUAGACAGCAGUCGCUCCCACACAGACCCGUCAUUCCACUGGUGGCCCGUAUGGCGGAUCAGAACACGUCCGGAACGCCAGCCAUGACCGAGAGAGAGGCGUCACGGCUUGACAAGUUCAAGCAGGUUCUGGCUGGUCCGAAUACUGAUUUGGAUGAGCUACGGAAGUUAAGCUGGUCUGGAAUUCCAAGGCAGGUUCGGCCCAUCACGUGGAAGCUGCUCUCAGGAUAUCUGCCUGCCAAUGCUGAGCGUAGAGAAAGCACACUGCAGAGGAAGAGACAAGAGUACUUUGGCUUUAUCGAGCAGUACUACGACUCCCGCAAUGACGAACACCACCAGGACACAUACAGACAGAUUCACAUAGAUAUUCCCCGAAUGAGUCCAGAAUGUUUAGUUCUGCAGCCCAAGGUAACAGAGAUUCACAUUGACAUUCCGAGAACUAAUCCUCUUAUACCUCUCUUUCAACAAGCUUCUGUGCAAGAGAUCUUUGAGCGGAUUCUGUUCAUCUGGGCGAUUCGACAUCCGGCCAGCGGUUACGUCCAGGGCAUCAAUGACCUUGUCACACCCUUCUUCGUUGUUUAUGUUUUUGAGUAUAUUGAGGAAGAGGUGGAAAAUUUCAAUGUUUCCAUCUUGCAGGAAGAGGUGUUGCGGAACAUCGAGGCUGACAGCUUCUGGUGCAUGAGCAAGCUCCUGGAUGGAAUUCAGGACAACUACACCUUUGCCCAGCCGGGGAUCCAGAGGAAAGUAAAAGCAUUGGAGGAGCUGGUCAGCCGGAUUGAUGAGACGGUACAUCGGCACAUGCAGCAGUAUGAGGUGGAGUAUUUGCAGUUUGCCUUCCGCUGGAUGAACAACCUGCUGAUGAGAGAAUUGCCUCUGCGCUGUACGAUUCGCCUGUGGGACACUUACCAGGCGGAGCCGGAAGGAUUCUCUCAUUUCCAUCUAUAUGUGUGUGCUGCCUUCCUGGUCCGAUGGCAGAAAGACAUAUUGGAGGAGAAGGAUUUCCAGGGUCUGAUGAUUCUGCUCCAGAACCUACCCACAAUGCACUGGGGAAACGAGGAAGUGAGCGUUCUCCUGGCUGAAGCAUAUAGGCUGAAAUUUGCCUUUGCCGAUGCUCCUAACCAUUACAAAAGAUGAGGCUCCACCUUGCACAACGACUAAAUGCAACUACCCCAGCCAGCCACGGUGGUGCCACUGGCUGCAUGAUGAUAUUAAACUAAUACCAUGAGAUUUUUUAAGGGGAUAGGAAUGUGUACAGUGGUCGGCAACUGUUCCUGGAAUUUUUCUGCAACACUCCAAAUGCCAUGAGGUUUCUUCUUCAAUUUCAUUACAGCCCUCUUCUAAAAAUGUUUUCAAGAAAGAGUUUUUCAUGCAAUGAUUUCGUGGAAAAGUUCAUUUAUACAGACGGCUGACCCAUCAACACUGAUUGGGCGCCACAGAAACAACCGGAUGGCCCAAUUGAUUCAAAGCAAUAAUCAAACAUUACUGAGACAAGAUGGUUUAAUAACUCACAGUAAGACCUUUCGGCUUAAAAAACGUCUGCAAACACUUAUUUUAUCCUUGGUCUACCUCAGGAAGCUGCCAGGAGUCAUAAGGUGAUGAUUUUGUCUCUGUAUUUGAACAAUGUCCAUGAUACUUUGGAAGGGAGUCAAUAAAAUCAGCCUUACUUUGGCGAGGAGAACGCAAACUGAAGAGCUGAUUAAAUUUCUGUUUUCUCGGUUGCCCAUGGGACUGUCAGUUUGAGGUCCAAUUUUGAUAUUGAUGUAAUAAUCCAUUCUGACUGUAUGAUGCUGUCAUUAAUAGGCAUGUUUGGGGAGAUCAGCUUCAGAUUUUUGACAUUUGUCAGUAUUUGAUCUGUGCGCUCCUUCAAUCAUGUCAUCAAGCCUCUAAAUGUGUGUGUGCCAGUUCUUACAACUAAAUAUAAGUGAAACUGCACUUAAUACGAGUCUAUUUCCUCCGUUUUGUAGAAGAUAUAUUCUAUGAAUCAUUUUUUUUAAUCCUACUUUUUUUUUCCUUUUAUUUACUGUUUACAUGAGCCUGUCAAGUUGUGCCUAACUCUACAGAUUAAUGACAUCACAGAUAUUUAUUUUACAUUCAUGAUAAUUUAGGAACAUUUUCAGUCACUCCCAGUAUGUCUUUACAUAAACUGUGAAUUCUGCAGCUCUUCUGGUCACCAUUGGCUGUUUGAUGGAUGGUAUAAAAUGUACUCUUACUGACGCUUAGUGCCUAUACACAUGGGCGCUACAGUAGAUGCCAUGCAGUGCUGGUGAAUUUUGAUUACCAAACUUUAUGGCUUGUUUUCUUGACUUCAACCUACAGAAAUGUCUGGAUGGAUUUUAAAAGAGGUGUGGGUAAAAUGUUCUGAAAUGUUCUUGAAUUAAAUAGCUGUGUACAGAAUUACGUUUUCAAAGAUGU